UGAAUCUUAAUUAGUAUUCAAAUGGCCGGGAAUAAUUUAGACAUACUAACAUGUGCAAUAUGUCUAAACAGUUAUACAGAGCCAAAGAUUUUAAAUUGUUUUCAUACGUUUUGCAAACCUUGUUUGGAAGGCUUAGUAAACAAUCGUUUGGUUUUAGCGAAGGAAUUUAAUUGCCCUCUCUGUCGAGAAAGGAUUAGAAUACCAGAAGGUGGGGUACAGAAUUUUCAGAGAAAUAUCUAUAUAAGAGAUGACUCUCGCUUAAAAAUCGACUGUGAAAGGUGCAGCAAGGAGGCAAUUCAUCUUUGUAUCAAUUGUGGACAUCCUUGUUGUGAAAAAUGUAGAAAAGACCAUGUCAGUAGUGGAUAUUCAAAGCAUCAAAGAAUAAAGAAAUUGUCAGAGUUGAAUUUGCCCGAUGCACUUAGAAUAAAACAGAAAACGUUUUGUUCAAUUCACACAGCAGAAUCAGUUAAGUUAGUGUGUUUGGACUGUAACAAGACGCUAAUAUGCUAUUUAUGUGCAUCAACGGAGCAUAAAGAUCACAGCAAAACGGACAUUUCGUCUGCAGCAGCCGAAGAAAGGUCACGUUUAACUUCAGAUUUGAAAGAUUGUGAAGUAUUUUUGGAAAAGUCGAAAAUUGAAUUUCGACAAAGAGAAGAGAGUAAGAAAGCUCAACUACUGGAGAUUGAAAAUGACAUACGUGAACUUGAAAGGAAAAAAAAAAGGCAGUUAUGUCUAGUAUCGAAUCAAAGUUCAAGCGCGAUGUGCAACAAAUCAAAACUCGUCAAUCCACAUUCGCAAGAAAAGCAAACCGGUCCAUUAAUACAGAAGAUAGGUCAAUUUCAAACUUUCAGUGCGAAUUGGAGAAAUUAAAAAAAGAGGACGAAUUAAAAAACGACACACAAUUUUUGGAACAAAUGAAAUUAAAACCGCUGCCGAGGAAAAUAAUAUUAAAAGGCUUUUUACUGGAUUCAGAGUUGGAACAAAUUAAAGAAAACAUAAAUAAAUGGGACGCUUGUCUACAAGACAUGAAACAACUAAAUGAAACAAUGCAAAUGAAUACCAUGAGAAGAAAUACAUCUAUUCGUCCUAUGUAAACGCUGGAUCGUCAAAUACGUGUUAUCAAAAUACACUAAAAUUAGUAGAAGUUGAAAAAGGAUUUGCCGAUUAGCAUGGAUACUUAUAUAUACAAAUAUAUCAAUUGUGUACAAUGUAAAAGUGUAACUUCUCUGGGGUAAAUUCUUCUAGGUAUUUUUUAUAUAGAUGUUGUUGCUACGGAGAGAUUGUAAGAAGUUUGUUAAAAUGAAAGAAAAUAUCUGAUUCUAUAAAUAUGUGUUUACUUGUCAGAGGUGGCAUUAUCUUGUAUUAUCUUAUAUUUGUAUAUUAAUAGUUGUUGGGGUCAGGAUACGUCAUAUACCCUGUCUUGAGUACGGCACAACUAUACAUACACCUACAAUGCGCUUGUCAUAUUACGCUAUACAUAGCGAAUGCCUUUGAAGUUUCUUUUUAAUCGGUCAUCAGGUGCGAUAAAAUUUAAUCAUAUUUGGCAGAGAUCAGGUUGUAUCUGGUUUGUACAGAUGUACACCCGAAUAUAAAUAUUCUUUGUUGAACAGAGUUUGUCUCGUAAAUUAAGCAAAGUGAUGAAAAAUGAAUGUCAGCUUGAAAUAGUCGUUAUUCAAAAACAAUACAAUACGAUUUUAAUUUCUGUUUAUAACAUUAUUUAAACCCAUUUUAAUUCCAUACGGCCAUUUAUUUGUGGAGACAACUAUAUUGUUGUAUACAAACAUGUAAAUACUUUAAUGCAACAAAGUCAAUACAUAGAUAUCUAUUCUGAUGUAAAACUGUGGCAUAGUUAACCCGUGCACGGUAGCUAGGAGUUUGUUGUGCUACGAAACAAUUGUGAAAAUUUGCGUUUAGACUUUGGGAGAGUUUAAUGCGGCAGGGGCAAGUUUAUUUUGUAAAAUAGGAACAUGUAUUUUAAAACUGGUUAUUUAUGAUGUUUAUAAAAUUAAGGAUUCCUGUGGGCAAGAAUAAAUCAGUGCUUGAAUCGGUUCAGACAACCGAGUCUAAAAUGUUACCUGAGGAAACGGAAGUCAGUUGUAAACGCCAAUAAUUCAAAUUGACGGCCACUUAUACGUAAAAAAUGACGAAUCUUUAAAGAACAUCAAUUCAUGCUACAACUAUUUUUCAUGAAAAUUAUGUCAUCGAUUCACAAAUAAAAAGAUAGAAAAUAAGGGGUUGAAUUGUUUCGUAUAAAACGCCAGUCAAUGCUGGUCUGCUGCACUUAAAUCGCAUACUUUCUUUUAUCCGCACACUAAAUAUUUAUUUUUCGCUUUUAUCUGCAAAACAUGUCGUCGUUUAAACCAUUUCAUUUCGCACAGAAAGCAUCCUAGCAGUGAAAAAGUGUGAUUAAAGCGCCGGUCGUGCAAAGAUGGAAUCGUCAGAAUCUACAUUCCGCUAUAACACGAAAACUUUUCUUUCAUCAGAAGGAAGUAUUUUGAUCCCAAUAGAAUAAUGACUCCCGGCAGUUAUUUAAAAGGUAUAAUGACUUAACUCUCCCUUCUGAAGGGAAAUAACCGCACUUACAAUAUGUUUAUUUGCUGAUGUAGGGAUAACGCAUGUUUUUUUUCGUGUUAUAACAACUGCAGAAUCCAGAGGGAUUGGUUGGUAUCCGAGCCCGUUAGGACGGUUGUACCAAUGAUUCCCGAGGGUUUCUGAAGAUGUUAUAACACGAAAAGAACAUGCGUUAACGCUAUUCUAACAUAAAAUGCCUAAAAACAGGUAUAUGAAUAUAUUGUCUUUCAACAUCGUUGAAUUUCCAUGAAAUGCGCGGUAAAGUCUACGUUUUUUUUUACGUUGACGUCAUUUCCUUUGCAUUGUCCGUUUUGGAACCGUAAUACGUUUACGCGUAGCCACGGAACGCGCAUAUGUAUGAAGGUAACAGCACGUAAACACGAGAAUCUCUCUGUUAACACAUUUUCUCUUCUGUUAAAACUCCCCCGAAAAGUGACAAUAACAGCAGUUUUAUGCUAGAAUCGUACAGUAACUUCCUGCCAGGUAACGUUACACUUGUAACUGGAAAGUGUACAACACAAAACUGAUGAUGAUUGAACAUUAUACAUUUGCACUUUACUAAUAUGCAUUUACGGAUUCUUUUGUAUCGAUGUGUCACUUGCAUCAAAAGACAUGUUUUGCUAUCUUCCAUAAAUAUACUUAAUAUGAACAAAUAAAUGCCAAUA